AUGACAGAUGGUCUUUGGUCCAAGGUGAGAGACCAGUUCUGUGGUCUAGAAAUGCCACCGAAACCCACUGGUAAUCUCGCAUAUCGUGUUACGCUACGGAUAAACGAAAUUAGCGAUCCAGACGUUCUGGAUUUGGUGGCAAUGACGGCACUCAAUAUCUGGAUUGGACCCGGAAUGCACGCAGUAGGAUAUAAUGUCCGCGGUGGUGAGCUUUUCAAUAUGGUUCUACUAGUUCCUGACGAUCUUCCUGAGGGAGUAAAAAGGCAACAGGGAAACACUGCCGAACUACGAAAGCUAUUUGAAGGGUGGGAUCCAAUAAUUGACAACACGGAAAAAUGGAAGCUGAUGCAUCAUCCCCCUUUAAAAAGUUUGGCGACAAAAUCAGGCCGAUUUAUCAUGGCAUGUGAUUCGUGUCAUCCCAUGCUUCCAUAUUUUGCGCAAGGCGCCAAUUCGUCUUCCGAAGAUGCAGCCGUUCUAGGCGCCCUGAUGUCAAAAGUAUCCUCCGUGGAUGACUUGCAGAAAAUUGCCCCUAUCUACGAAAACCUGCGUCGAGAGCGAGUGAAGCGUAUACAAGCUGAGACAUUUAUACAUCGUGACCGUUUCUAUCUCCCGGAUGGUCCUGAGCAGAUACAACGUGACAAGCAUUUCGCGCUAUCAUUUAAUUCAGAUUCAUGGGCUCACCCGAAUAUCCAAACAUGGUUGUUUUCUUAUGAUGCGUAUCAAGAUGCGGAAAAGGCAUAUGAAUCGGGCUAG